AACUUCCAAGAAGCUUCCAUUAGGACUGUCUUUUAGUCAUGGCAAUCUCAAUUAAGAAGGUCAGUCAUGGCGCAGGAACCAGAGCAGAAACCUGGGCCUGUGGGCCUGGUUAAGCACCGUGGAGGCCCAUCCCCACAUGCUCCUGUCAGCUGGAAUGCAGCCAACAGUGCUCUGCAGGAGGAUUGGAUCCGCCACAGAUACUUGAAAGCCGCCGUUGGAGCUGGUGGUCUGGCAGUUAUCUUCAUCUUGAUUCAAACUAGAUCUGGAGAAGAAGAUUGGGAAAUGCUAUAUGUCAGAGAGUCCUUUAAUGCAUGGGUGCCAACGGCAGGGAGGCAGAGGAGAUGGCCAUGGUUGAGGGAGAACCCCAUUGCUAGCAGCGAUAGAAGUAGCCCUUACACAGUCACAUUGUAUGGUGGCCCCUGUUAAAAUGCAUAUAUAUAUUAAUGAUCCAUUAUCGCAAUCUCUCACGAUCCAUGCUCUUUCCACCGCCCUUCACUCUCAAUUCAGUCAAUCUAUAUAUGGAUUUGGAGAAGCUUACGACUAACCUCGUCGGCUCAAGCUUCCUUUGACAUAGAGAGUCUGAAAUGAUAAAUUGAGGACAAGAAAAUGAACUUCUCUUGCUAAUGUUGAAAUCUUUCCAAAUGUGUUUGAUUUGUUGUUCCAAUGUUGAAAUUGAAUGCUAUGGUUCUGUUUGAUCGAGAUGAAUGCGGAGCACACAAAACACACCAAUCGUGGUAAGAAGCGAAUUGCUGGAAAAAAGACGGAGAAUAAAGGAACGCCGUCACUAUUUCUCGAUUGUAUCAUAUGUGCAAGUUACUCGAGAUGAUAUAGACUUCCUGCUUAGCUUUUCCCAACAACAUUAGAGCAGGACGUCCUGC